AUGGAUUCUAUUCUGGAUUUUUCCAAAGAUUUAGAUAUCGCCGCAUUAGACCAAGUCGUUGAAACAUUUUACAAGGGAUCCGGUGUUCAACAAAAGCAGGCCCAAGAUGUAUUAACCAAAUUUCAAGAGCAUCCAGAUGCUUGGCAACGUGCAGAUAAAAUACUGCAAUUCUCGAACAAUCCGCAAGCAAAGUUCAUUGGCUUAACUAUCCUAGAUAAACUUAUUAAUACGAAGUGGAAGCUACUUCCUGAAGACCAACGAAUCGGUAUUAGAAAUUUUGUUGUCGGUAUGAUUAUUACCUUGUGUCAAGAUGACACAGUAUUCCAAACUCAAAAGAAUUUGAUUAAUAAGUCUGACUUGACAUUAGUUCAAAUCUUGAAGCAAGAAUGGCCUCAAAAUUGGCCUGAAUUUAUACCUGAAUUAAUUGGCAGUUCCACUUCCUCGGUAAAUGUAUGUGAAAACAAUAUGGUUAUUUUGAAACUUUUAUCUGAAGAAGUCUUUGAUUUCUCAGCUGAACAAAUGACACAGGCGAAAGCCUUACAUUUGAAGACUUCCAUGUCCAAGGAGUUCGAACAAAUCUUCAAAUUAUGUUUCCAAGUAUUGGAACAAGCCUCUUCUACGUCGCUUGUUGUUGCUGCACUAGAGUCAUUAUUAAGGUAUUUACAUUGGAUUCCUUACCGUUACAUCUACCAAACUAAUAUUUUGGAAUUGCUGAGUACUAAAUUCUUAGUCUCCGCCGAAACAAGAGCAGUCACCUUAAAGUGUUUGACAGAAGUUUCUAGUUUACGUUUGCCAACGGACGAUAAUGCCACUAAGACGCAAACUGUAUUAUUUUUCCAGAAUACUCUGCAACAAAUGGCAAUUAACGUUGUCCCUGUUACUGCUGAUUUGAAAUCAAUGUAUGCUACCGCUAAUGGUGUAGAUCAGUCAUUCUUACAAGAUUUUGCUAUGUUUUUGACCACCUAUUUGACAAAUCAUAGAGAAUUAUUAGAAAGUGAUGAAAGUUUAAGAGAACUUUUGUUAAAUUCACAUCAAUACUUGAUUCAAUUGUCCAAGAUUGAUGAAAGAGAAUUGUUUAAAACUACAUUAGAUUAUUGGAAUAAUCUAGUUGCUGAUCUAUUUUAUGAGGUGCAACGAUUACCAUUAAACGAAUUGAACCCAUUGAUGCAAUUAUCUGUGGGAUCUCAGGCAAUUUCCACUGGUGCCGGGGCAUUAAAUCCUGAAUUUUUGAAAAGAUUCCCGUUGAAGAAACAUAUAUAUGAGGAUAUAUGUUCGCAACUGAGAUGGGUUAUUAUUGAGAAUAUGGUUAAACCAGAAGAAGUGUUAGUGGUAGAAAACGAUGAAGGUGAAAUUGUCAGAGAAUUUGUUAAGGAGUCGGACACAAUUCAACUCUACAAGUCAGAGAGAGAAGUGUUAGUUUAUUUGACUCAUUUAAAUGUUGUGGACACAGAAAAUAUUAUGAUUAACAAAUUGACUAGACAACUUGAUGGAUCUGAAUGGUCAUGGCACAAUAUUAACACCUUAUCAUGGGCUAUUGGUUCUAUUUCUGGUACCAUGAAUGAAGAAACAGAAAAGCGUUUUGUUGUUACAGUUAUCAAAGAUUUAUUAGCAUUGACGGAGAAGAAGAGAGGUAAAGAUAACAAGGCCGUUGUCGCAUCUGAUAUUAUGUAUGUUGUUGGUCAAUAUCCUCGUUUCUUAAAGGCACAUUGGAAUUUCCUAAAAACAGUUAUUUUAAAACUAUUUGAAUUUAUGCAUGAAACUCAUGAAGGUGUUCAAGAUAUGGCAUGUGAUACAUUUAUCAAGAUCGUUCAAAAAUGUAGGUAUCAUUUUGUUAUUCAACAACCACGUGAAACUGAACCAUUUAUUCAAACGAUUAUAAGAGAUAUUCAAAAGACAACUAGUGAUUUACAACCUCAACAAGUGCAUACUUUUUAUAAAGCUUGUGGUAUCAUUAUUGCCGAAGAAAGGAAUAUACCUGAAAGAAACAGAUUGCUUAACGAUUUGAUGCAAUUACCUAAUAUGGCUUGGGAUGCUAUUGUAGAACAAAGUACCGCAAAUCCUGCAUUAUUGUUAGACUCUGAAACAGUAAAAAUUGUUGCUAAUAUUAUUAAGACGAAUGUAGCAGUGUGUUCUUCUAUGGGAGCAGAUUUUUAUCCUCAAUUGGGUCACAUUUAUUAUAAUAUGUUACAAUUAUACAGGGCAGUUUCUUCAAUGAUUUCAAGUCAAGUGGCUCAAGAUGGUGUUAUUGCCACCAAAACGCCAAAGGUCCGUGGAUUAAGAACCAUUAAGAAGGAGAUCCUGAAAUUAAUUGAAAUCUAUAUUGCCCAGGCUAAGAACUUAGAUGAUGUCGUUAAGGUCUUAGUCGAUCCUUUGCUAAAUGCUGUUUUAGAAGAUUACAUGAACAAUGUUCCUGAUGCCAGAGACGCCGAAGUACUAAACUGUAUGACUACCGUUGUUAGUAAGGUGGGCCAUAUGAUUCCUCAGGGUGUGAUUCUAAUUUUACAGAGUGUAUUUGAGUGUACGCUUAAUAUGAUCAAUAAAGAUUUCACCGAAUAUCCUGAACAUCGUGUUGAAUUUUAUGAAUUACUGAAGGUAAUCAAUGAAAAGCAAUUUGCUGCUUUCCUACAAUUGCCACCAGCUGCUUUUAAGUUAUUUGUGGAUGCUAUAUGUUGGGCUUUCAAGCAUAACAACAGAGACGUUGAAGUCAAUGGUUUGCAAAUUGCCCUAGAUUUGGUAAAGAAUAUUGAGAGAAUGGGUGACAACCAGUUUGCUGAAGCGUUUUAUAAGAAUUAUUUCUUCACAUUUGUUAGUGAAACAUUUUACGUGUUGACCGAUUCUGAUCACAAAUCUGGGUUUUCUAAACAAUCAUUAUUGUUAAUGAAAUUGAUAUCCCUAGUGUACGAGAAUAAAAUAUCUGUACCAAUAUAUGAUGAAAGUACUGUUGCUCAAGGUACAACUAACCAAGCAUACUUGAAUCAAUAUUUGGCAAACAUGCUAGGAAAUGCCUUCCCUCAUUUAACAGCAGACCAAAUUACAAAUUUCUUGGGUGCUCUAACGAAACAAUAUGGUGACCUAAGUAAAUUCAAUGGUAUCUUGAGAGAUUUCUUGGUCCAAAUCAAGGAAAUUGGUGGAGAUCCAACUGAUUAUUUGUUUGCCGAGGAGAAGGAAACAGCCCUACAAGAACAACAAAGAGUGGAAAAGGAGAAGGCUGCCAUGGUGGGUGGUUUAUUAAAGCCAUCAGAAUUAGCAGAUUAA